AGAACAGACCCCUGAACUACAAAUUUCCGCAUCAAGUUAUUUUUGUUGUUGUCAGCUGACUGAGCAAAUUACACAAUCAAAUAUAGUACUAACUACAAGAUAUAACAUCAUACUAUGGUUUAUUUCAUUAGUGAGUAUAAAUAAAUCAGAUUUCUCUUUUUAUUCCUCUGGAUCUCCAUCAGUGAAGGACGAAGACAGAGUUUAUUGAAGGACAGUGAGAAGAUGAGUGAUCCAGAACCCUGCAGAAUUAAACAGGAAGAGACUGAAGAACUAAUAGAUGUGAAGGUGAAGGAGGAGAGUGAAGAACUGAGUGAAGAUGAGGAGAAACAUCACGUCAAAACUCGCACAAAGCCCGAACAUGAUUUUUCAAUGGAAAGACCAGCCGUGAAAGGUUUCACCUGCACUCAGUGUGGAAAGAGUUUCACCUACCAGUCUGAUCUCAAGCUUCACAUGAGGAUCCACACUGGAGAGAAACCCCACAAGUGUUCACACUGCCAUAAGGUAUUCAGUCAUUCGGGAAACCUGAACGCACACAAAAUGAUCCACACUGGAGAGAAACCGUUCACAUGUGCUCAGUGUGGGAAGAGUUUCACGCGGCAGUCACAUUUAUCACAACACCAGAAGAUCCACACUGGGGUGAGGGAGUUCGUGUGCUUUGAGUGUGAGAAGACUUUCAUUUCUGCUGGAGACUUGAGACGGCACCAGAUGACUCACACUGGAGAGAAACUGUACGCGUGUUCACACUGCGACAAGAGGUUCGGACAGUUACAAAUACUGAAGAUACAUGCGAGGAUCCACACUGGAGAGAAACCGUACACCUGUACUCAGUGUGGGAAGAGCUUCACACAGUUAUCAAACCUUAAACGACACCUGCUGCUGCACACUGACGGGAAAACACACGAAUGUGAUCAGUGAGGCUAAACAUUUUGAAGAAGUCUUAUUCUUUUAGAGUUUAACACACAACAAAAUGUACCUUCUUGAAAACUCUACAUUAUUCACAAACAUUAGAUAUCACAGUUGAAUGUGUGUAUGUUAAUAAAUCCCAAUCAUUUGUAAAUAGGUAGGGCCACACAGAAUCUGCGCACGCAGAAAUCCACACAUAUUUUGUUCCAUCAUCGAGUCUGGAAAUUUAUAUUUAUUCAGCUUUUAUAUUAUUGACUAAUAUGAAAAUGUUCACAUGAUUUAUUUACAGUGCCGUUUGUAAAGUAACAUUGUCUUUUAGUAGAUGUUAUAUGCUUUGUUUACAAGAUAAGUGGAUUUAAUUGGAUUUGCAUUGUAAACAUUAAAUAAAAAAGGUGUUCUUAUUUUAUUUAAAUUAAGUUUUUAAUUACGAUACCCCCCAAAAUUAGUGGGGGUAUUGUAUAAUUUUAUACGAAUAUAGGUUUUAUUAAAAAUAUAUACCAUUUUUAUUUAUUUUGGUAAAAAACUUUUGUAUCUUGAUUGUAAUUACUUUAGGCAAAAAUCAACUUGUUAUGACUGACAGCCGUUAAACAUUACCAUGCUUUUUGAUUGUGUUAAAUGUUCAAGUGCCCAGUAAAAACUACUUCACCUCACACAUGA